CUCCUCGUCGCUGCCUUCUUCCAUAUCUUCGAGGCCUUUUCCCAGUAAGCAGAGCCCCCACAUCUUAUCGAGCACAGGCCGCAGGACCCUGCUCGAAGGGUGGCGCUCCCCUGGGAGUCCAGAAGAGGAGGCGACGCGCUCAGGAAGCCCCUUCCCCAGGAGGGUGCUGCGCAACGCUCGCCUCUGGCUCUGGGGGAGAUGGAGGCAAGGUGUACCUGCCAGCUUCAUCUGCAUCAGGAACAGUCUAGACAGUGGACCAAACCAUAAACCAAAUUCGGUUCUGGAGGAGGAAACGGGGCCUUUCCCCAGGCGCCCUCCGGCGGCCUCUCCUCAGUCAGGGAUUAGAAGUUCUGGGAGGCCUUUAUCAGCCCGAUGAUUAACCAAAGGCCAAUUUGGCCUAAGGCCGGGGUCCCUCGUGGGCUCACCUUGGCGCGUUGGGCCGGCCCAGGCCAGCUAGCUAGAUAGGGAGCCACUUCCAGAGCCCGGAGAAAUGCAAACAAGGGGCGAGCCAGGAAAAUGGGCGCAGAGAAGGGGAGAGGAGAAAGGAAGCAGCAGGGGCAGGGGAGAGGAGAGAGGGAGGCUGGGAGAUGGAGAAGAGAACCAAGAGCAAAGAGGCGAGGGCCAGGGAGGCACCCUGCUCUUGGUCUCCUCUUUGUGAGCCAAUAAAGGAUGGAGAUCGUUUCUCCGGGGUCCUGGCCCUGGCAGUAGCCUCUGAAUAGCUGGUAGAGUCUGGCUUGGUGACAGAAGGCACCUCCCCAAGGAGCCCCGGAAAAGGAGCUGGGAACAACCCCUUGGCCACAGAUGGCCCGCUGGUGGGAGUGUGCCCACGGCCUUGGGGGGAGGGCCACAGCCCCCGAAGUCCAGCUCCCGAAUGAUUGUGAUCCCAUAAUGGCCAGGGAGGGAGCCACAGCAUUUCCUGAGCCCUUUCUAGCAGAGGGGAGAUGGAGCCCUUUGCCAGCGCACGGGAGCCGUAAGGAGCCUCACAACGCACGUGGCACAUGUGGCAUGGGAUUUCCGGUGCCUUUUCCCACUGUCUCCACUCGGGCUGGCGUGUGUGUGCCGCCUUCCUGGCUGGGCCCACUUCCCUCGGGAUCCCUUCUUGUAGACCUUUCUUGGAGUUCUUGUGUCCCCAGAAUGGCAUCGGCACCGUGGGAAGAACCCUCCAGGGCGAGAAGGGGCUCUGUAUGGUGCCCAGGAGGCCCCCGGAUAGCCCAAGGCGGGAGAGCAGAAGCCCAGGCCAGCAGCGGGGAGGAGGGGUUGCUGUUUGAGCCUGCAAUGGACCGGAACCCAAACUAUGCCGAUUUUUCUCCACAAAGAAACCUCACCGAGAACCUGGAAGGCCUGGAGGUCCCCUUUGUGGAGGCCUUCGCAAAGGAUGACAUCGAUGCUACUGUCAAGGCCAUCCUGUGCCGAGAAAACUACGUCAUAAAGGAGGUGGACAAGUAUCUGCAGCACCAGGACUUUUUAAAUGCGAGAAGGAGAGAGAUGCUGCACAAGAGAUGGGUGGAGAACGUGGCCUCUCCUCUCCAGCAGAAGAUCAUGGACAAGGUUGGCUCCCCCAGGGAGAUCGAAAAGAGGAAGUGCCAGGAGUUGGACGGCUACCUGAAGUUCAAGAAUAGCGUGGGUUAUGUAUCUUUAGAAACCUACGAUUCUAAAAUAUAUGAUCCUUUUUACAUGAUGAACAAGGACCCAUGUUAUUUAAAGGUCAUCCUCCCGCCAUUCCACGAUCCUCUGCUAAAAGCCCAAGACGACCGGGACGAGGAGAACAGGGUGCUGCUGGAGUGUGAGAGAGGGAAAAUAUACACCAUGAAGAAGUUCAGAGACGCCGAGAAGGCCGAGCUGCUGGCCAAGUUGCCCCAGACCGCCACAGUCAUCCGGCAGAACAUGGGCCCCAACGAGUGGCUCGCCAUCUCUGCCGGCUACGUGGAAAGUGACCACUGUAAGAAGUCCAGGUUAAAAGUGAAGGUGGAUCGUAACAGAGUCAGCUGUGACUUGAGAGAGGCCUUCCACCCCUCCGAAGGCGCCGAGGACGAGGCCUCCAGAGUCCCCGAUUCUCCUGGCGGACCCACGGAGCUGGACUCCUCAGGGACGAAGGGCGCGGCCAGUCAGGCCCGAAGACCUCGGACGUCUCUCCCCAAGCAGCCUCCUGAGGCGAAGCCACACCAGGAAGCAGCGGGAGACGAGAGGCGAGACUCGGUCCAGGGAGCCCAACAGCCGGUGCCUAAAGCCAGGCAAGGAGCCAACCAGAACAUCUCUGACGUCGCCAAAGACCCUCCCUAGGCCUCCUCCCUGGUGGUCUACGAGAUGGGCGCUGGAGAUCUGCCCUGUCUGGGAGGGCCCACGCCGGCCCAUCGGCCACUCCUCCCAAGCACGCCUAAUAAAUGCCUUUCCUUUG